GCGCUCGGUGCUCACUCCACACGGUCUCACCACCAGUCACCUCUCUGUGCAUGUGCUCGCAGACGACGCGGCACGUCAUACCACCACGCGGUAUCCCCAGCAGUAAGGCCUAUAUCUUUUCCUAGCACUCACCUCUUGCCGCCUGCACACGUGGCACCGUAAAAGCAUCAUGCCGCCCGACCUGAACACCCUCCCGACUUCGAGGCCGCCUUCCGGGCCCGGAUCACCAAUUGCAGCUCGCCCACGCAGAAUCUCCAUCAGCACGCAGGAAGCUGCUCGACCAAGCCCGCCGUCUCCACGAUCGCCAUCUCUUUCUUCGCUGCAAGCUGCAGCCACAAUCAACGCAGGACUACAUAGAUCGCCCUCUCGUGCCUCGCCGAGCGUCGAACGCCGCAGAUCGUCCCUCAUGAACAAUCUACUGCUCAACGAUCCGGCUGUGCCUGGCCCAGGAGAACUCCAGCAGAACCACGCCGGUCAAGGGAGCAAUGCCGGCAGUCCGCGACUUGGGAGAAGGUCUUUUGUGUUGCACACUGCAGAUCCACAUCACCACAGACAACCCAGUCUGGGAGAAUUGCAUCAAGAGCUUGAGAAUGAACAGGAAGCUCAGGUCAAUCGAUUGCUGCAUAUGAUUAGAAUUCAGCAAGAUCAGCUAGCUGCCAUCCACAGGCAACAGUCGCAAGCAACAGAGGUCUCUCCCUCGUCUGCCGAGCACACUCGAUUCCCCACACCGCCCUCCGGCCUGGCAGCGCCAACGAGCACAGCAGUCACUGAAGCAUCGAGCCCCGCACAGUCUCACGCGACCCCGGCACAUCCAACGCAACAACAUUUCAACCGCCCACACUCGCUCUCUCGUAGAUCCUCGGCCUUGAUCUCCACCCCAGGCAGCCGAGGAACCUCACCAGCUCUGCGACCUCAGUCUAGUAAUCUCGGGCCUUUGACGGAAGACUUCUUGCUGGGAGGGACAAGAGACGAGACGGCAUUCUAUCAGGCUGAGACGCAGAACUUGACAAGAGAAAACCAAAUGCUGAAGUUGAGAAUCAGGGAGCUCGAACAUCAAAUUGCAGCCCUGGGUGGCACGGGCGCUGGUGGGCAGAAUCAUGCUCAUCAACACUCACCACUGGCCAGCCCACCAGCGACUUCCGUUCCGCAGCACACUCCGGCGGCUGUGAUUGCCGCAAGUGCAGAUGGAGGUGCAGAGCCGAUAGCCAAGGAGUGAGCCACUCGGCUACCACGCAUUCUUUCUGAAUUGAUGACUUCACGUUGGCGAGGCGUUGGGGAACUUUGGCUGGGCUGUUAUCGAACAAAAUGGAGUUGGAGCAUCGGAGUUCAAGAUUUCCAGGGUCUCGAAACAUAGAGGCACGGAUUUUAGGUUGUCUCCACCACCCAUUCUUCUACGCAACCUGUAUGUUUGCAAACAUGACUUACGCCUAUGUAUGAAUAUCAAACGCCAUAACGAUGACGAAGUUUCGAAGUUG